CACGCGUGACGAGUAUGUCUGCUGCAAUAACGGCGAGUCUCUCGUCCUACUUAACUCUCCUUUAACCAAACACUCUCAAGCGAUUUCCUACUGCAGUGGACUUUGUUGACACUACAAAACUGUAUUUGUAUUUCUAGUAAACGUUCUGUAUUAACAGUCUGUGAUUGCGUCUUUUGUUUUUAACAGACUUACUAUUUGUGUCUUUUUAUUUCUGUAACUUCAAUCUUGUGUGUUCUGUACAUUACAUACGCCUUAACGAAUAGUCUCUCUACAUUCGUUCUUGGAUUCUUAUUUCUGUAAUCUUUUUUUGACUCUCCAACCCUAUUUUUUAAAAAACAAUGAGUGCUUCUACUUCGAACGAUAUUUCAUCCCAGGAUCAGGAACUUUCUCGUCGUCUUCAUGGUGAUGAUGGCGCCAAAAAAGGUGGUCUUGCGGCCAUGGCUGCUAAAGAUUUGGAGGAACAAUCCAAGGUCUUGAAGCAAUACUUGGAGUUCUGGGAUAAGGACGAUACGAAUGAGACUCCUUCCGAUCGCAAGGAGCGUCUCCAAGGUUACAAGAAGCUUGUCAACGGUUAUUACGACCUUGCUACGGACUUGUAUGAGUACGGUUGGUGUCAAAGUUUCCACUUCAGUAAAUUCUACAAGGGAGAGCCCUUUUCGCAGAGUAUUGCUCGCCAUGAGCAUUAUCUUGCUUACCGUAUGGGCAUUACGCCCAAGUCUCGUGUCCUGGAUGUUGGAUGCGGUGUCGGUGGCCCUGCCCGCGAAAUUACCGAGUUCACUGGCUGUAACAUGGUUGGUUUGAACAAUAACGACUAUCAAAUUUCUCGCUGUCGCAACUAUGCUGUGAAGCGCAACCUUGAAAACAAGCAGGUGUUUGUUAAGGGUGACUUUAUGCACAUGCCUUUUGAGGACAACACAUUUGAUUUUGUGUAUGCAAUUGAGGCUACCGUUCAUGCUCCCAGCUUAGAACAAGUUUACAGCGAGAUUUACCGUGUCUUAAAGCCUGGCGGUGUGUUUGGUGUCUACGAAUGGGUUAUGUCUGAUGACUACGAUCCUAAAAACCCCGAACACCGUAGCAUUGCUUAUGACAUUGAGAAGGGUGAUGGUAUCCCUCAAAUGUGCACGAUGAAGGAUGCUCGUGACGCUAUGAAGGCCGCAGGCUUUGAUUUGCAAACUGCCGAGGAUCUGACCGACACCGACAACCCUGAUUUGCCCUGGUACUAUCCUCUCGAAGGUGACAUUCGUAAGUGUCAAACAUUCUGGGAUGUCUUCACUGUUUUCCGAACCUCUCGCAUUGGAAAAUUCUGUACUCAAACUGCUGUCCGCGUUAUGGAGAAGGUUGGUUUGGCUGCGAAGGGCACUUUCGAGGUCGGUGAGACCUUGGCUGUCGCUCAAAGGGGUUUAAUCAAUGGCGGUAAGACACAUCUUUUCACUCCUAUGUACCUUAUGAUUGGCAAGAAGCCUGCUACUGCUUCCAAGGAGUAGGUCGAUACCCUGCUCUGUAGAAAGAUGUGAAUACGUCUCAAAACACUGCAUAGUGUUAGAAGAAGGAAUGAUGCCAUUUGGCGUCUCGAUAAUCAGUAGGGCUUUAUCUCCCUUUUUUCUUAUUAAAAGUAGUUCCAAACUGUCUGCUCUUUUAGCUUGUACAAACCUUCUCUCCAUACAUCUUUUUCGUUCUCCUCCCAUCUAUUAAAUCCUUUUUAUAAAAAAUGAAUUAUUCGUCCGAAUA